AUGACUGGUGUUGCUGAUAUAAAUAUCAUUCGUGAUGUUGUUAUGUGGGAAAUACGAGGAACAGGAACAGAAAUUGGUUAUGGUUCAGAAGUUCGAGUUUUAGGUGGAAGAAUUAUUGGAGCUAACGUUCGUUUUGAUGAAAAUAUUGGUAUUCAUUAUCGAGGAAAUAAUGGUGGAGUUCAUGUAGAAAAUACAGAUGUUAUUGGAUUAGGAAUCGGAAUAUUAAUUGAUAAUAGUAAUGGGGCUAGGUCAAAUCGAGAAAUCUUUAUAAGUCAAGCAACAUUUGAUUCCGAUGGUCAAGGUUUAGUUGUUCGUGAUAGUAGUUAUGUAUCAAUCAUUGGUAUAUGGGCUGUAUCAUCAACAAUUCAUCAAGUCUUUGUUGAUUAUAAUUCCACAGCAGUUUUAUCAAUUAGUGGAGAAACGAUAUUUAAUGGUGGAGUUUAUGAAUGUCGAAAUGUUUCAAAUCGGUGUAAUGGUAUAACAAUUAAUAGUGGAUCAUUUAUUCUAAAUGGUGUUGAAGUACGAAAUAAUCAUGGUCGAGGAAUAUGGGUAACAAAUAAAUCUGUAAGACAAUUUCAAAUAAUUUCUUGUUGA